UUUACCACAAUAAGAUGUCGUCAACUAAAGCAAAAGAUCCAAAACUGGAACCAAUAGUUUAUAGUGAGGCUGCACUCAGAAACAAUGUCGUAGUUGUAGAAUAUUGUCGAACUUCUAUGGCCGCAUUAUCGGGAUCCACGGCUGGGAUUCUUGGCCUGACUGGACUCAACGGUUUUGCCUUCUACGUAUUUGCAGUUGUCAGUCUAUGGGCUAUGUUCUUGAUAAAAACUGGCCCAAACUGGCAUAAAUAUUAUGUAUCGAGACAGAGUGUCUUAACCAAUGGUUUCUUUGGGGCACUAUUUACUUAUGUACUAUUUUGGACUUUUAUAUAUGGAAUGGUUCAUGUGUAUUAGAGAAAUAUUGAGGUGAGGUGAAGUUGCUAGUAAUAAUAAAUAAACAAUUUUAAUUAAAUUUCUGUAAAACAUUUAUAAAUUACUAAAGAUAAAAUUCCAUAUUUAUACAAAGACAUGUUACAAUACAUAUUCAAAUCUUGUCUCUGUUUGUAAAGUUUUAAUAUAAAUCGGUCAAAUUAAAAAGGUGACAAAAAUAUGUAUAUUGUUAUUAGGUUAGGGGAAAUGCUAAAUAUUGUAUGGAAGGUUGGGUUAUUUAAUUAUUUUCUAUCACACUAAGACAUAAGCGAAGGAGUAAAUGUUAAAACAUAAA